GCCUGCUGGAAGGGAGAGAAGAGCGCAGGUUAAGCGUUUUCCGCUGAUGUCUGCAUCAGUGAACGGAGAUGAAGCAUAUAUAUUUGGAGAGGUGGUGGUCAGAGUGAAGGGACACUACACAGCAUCUCAACACAAAAGGUCACAGCACUAAUCAUCAUGGAAGCUGCCAUCUGCACCCUUGUCACGCAGUUUAAGAUGCACGCUGGAAGUGAGGGAUCCUCCAGCACCCUGAGCAAAGAUGAAUUUCACAAGCUGGUGGCCACUCAGCUUCCCAACUAUGUCAAGAACGCCAGCGAUCCUGGGGCCAUCGACCAGCUCAUGGGCUCGCUGGAUGAAAACAACGACGGGGAGCUGACUUUCUCCGAGUUCUGGCAGCUGAUUGGAAAACUGGCGAGCAAACAGGGAGGCUUCACUCAGUAGGCUAGAGCUCGCCGUCGUCUGUCAACCGUGGCUUUGGAGAAGAUUGUGCAACAACAACAACAAUCGACUCAAUUUAAGCUUUCCAUCUGUAAACUCAAAUGCACAAUUUUAUCAAUCCACCACUGCCGCAUGUGUAACUCUUUAGUUAAACAUUUGUUGAAUGCAGGGAACUUUGAAGUAAACUCUUCACCAAUG